AUGAGUAAAGAAAUUGAUGACAAAACGGAAAUGAAAAAUAAACAAAAUAUAAUUUUUAAUGAGACUGAAUAUUGUGAAUAUAAAGACAAUGAUAUAAAGGGGAAUAUUAAAACAGAAAAUUUGUUAAAGAAAAAGUCACAAGAAAGUGAAUUAAAAAAUGAGAAUGUAAGAAUUUUAAAAAAUAAUAAAAUACAAAAAGAAAAUAUGCAAAAUAAUGUGCACUCAUUGGACAGUGAUUCACAUUCUUCAGAACAAAUUUAUGAUGAUAUAGAAAACAAUUCAAAUAUUAAUGCAGAAAAUGAAAAUUCAGAAUUUAAUAACUAUUUUGAAAGAAGAAAAAGUUAUCUUAUGAAAAAUGAAUAUUUAAAUAUAAAUUGUGAGCAUUUAGAGAAUCUUGGAAAUAAUGAAAUUAAAGAGGUACGUUCAACUGAAAGUAGUAGAAAAAAUAGUGAGAUAAAUGAAAAUAUUUCAGAAAAAAAUUAUCUAAGAAAUAAUUCUGAUAAUUUUGAAAGUUGCGAAUUCAGUGAUAGUUAUGUAGAUAAAAUUAAUUAUGAAAAUAGUGGAGAAUUUUGCGAAAUUUAUAAAAUUAAUAUCAAAACUGAAUCGAAACAAAGUUUUGAUACAGAAAAAAUUAUGAACAACACAGAUAUAAAUGAAAAUGCAGAAGAGAAAAGUGGCAUACAAAUAGAAUUUUAUGAUAAUACAAUAGGAAAAAGGGAAUUAUCUAAUGAAGAAAAUGAUACAAAUGUAAUGUUUUCAGUGGAAAAAAAAAUGCAUGGAGAGAAAUAUGAAGGAAAAGAAGAACAAGAAGAAGAACAAGAGGAAGAAGAACAAGAGGAAGAAGAACAAGAGGAAGAAGAACAAGAGGAAGAAGAACAAGAGGAAGAAGAACAAGAGGAAGAAGAACAAGAAGAAGAACAAGAAGAAGAACAAGAAGAAGAACAAGAAGAAGAACAAGAGGAAGAAGAACAACAAGAACAACAAGAACAAGAAGAAGAACAAGAAGAAGAACAAGAGGAAGAACAAGAGGAAGAACAACAAGAUGAAAAACAAGAAGAACAACAAGAACAACAAGAAGAAAAACAUAAGGAAGAACAAGAGGAAGAACAAGAGGAAGAACAAGAAGAAAAACAAGAAGAAAAACAUAAGGAAGAACAAGAAGAAAAACAUAAGGAAGAACAAGAGGAAGAACAAGAAGAAAAACAAGAAGAAAAAUAUAAGGAAGGACAAGAGGAAGAAGAAGAAGAAGAAGAAGAAGAAGAAGAAGAAGAAGAAGAAGAAGAACAAGAACAAGAACAAGAACAAGAAGAACAAGAACAACAACAAGAAAAAGAAAAGGAAAAAGAAAAAGAAAAAAAAGAUAAUGAAAUUGAAGAGAUAAAAAAUAAUAAAAAAAAAAAGGAAAUAAAAGCAGAAAAGAAUGAAAAAGUAAAAAAAAUUAGUAAAGUAAUAGAAGAACAUGAUAUUAUAAGUAAAAAAAUGAUAAAAUAUAAAUCAACUGAUAAUAAUGAAAAAUGUGAAAAAGAGAAAAAAAAAAAAGAUGAAAAAUUAAAAAAAAAAAGUACAAUUAAUAAUGGUAAAGAAAAUUUAAUGGAACCAGAAACAAUAAUAAAUAAAAAAAAAUUUAGAAAUGAGAAAAAGAAGAGUUUCCAAAAAGAAAAAUUUCCUUCACAAAAUAGUGCUAAUAUACUAAAAAAAGGAACAUCAUAUGAUAUUUCUGAGAAAUAUAAUAAUAACGACAUAAUUAAGGAUACUAAAGAAGAUGAAACAAUAAAAAAAGGAGAAAUAAAUGAAAAUAAAUUUGAUUUAUUUGAUUUAAAUAAAAAAAGAUUAUCUGUUUUUGAUUAUCUAAACAAGCAAGAUAAAAUAAAAAAAUAUGAAGAAUCAAACGAAGAAAAAAAAAAAAAUAAUAAUGAAAAAGAAAAAGCAAAAUCAUUUAUCAUAGAAAGUGAGAAUAGUUCGAAUGAAAGAGUAAAUUUUUCUGAAUUAUCAAAUAUUGAAUAUGAAAAUAAUAAUGUUAAUAAUUAUCAAUAUCAAAAUAAAUGCCCCAAUACAAAUGUAUCUAAUAGUCAUAUAAAUAAAAAUACAAUGAAAUUCAACGGAUAUUUAGAAACUAAAGGUCUAAUAAAACCAUCAUUUAUAAAUAAAACAAAUUAUAAAAGCUACCAAGCAACUAUUAAUACAGAUGAAAAAAAUAGUAUUAAAUAUAGACCUAAUUAUUAUAACCCUAAGUACAGUAACAAUUUGACGUCAAAUAAACAAAAUAAUUUAAAAAAUGGAAUUUUUUUAUAUAAGAAUCCCUAUCAUUUAUCAAAUGUAAAUAAUACAGAUAAGGAAAAAUAUAAUUCCAACAAAAUAUUCAGAAGAACUGUUGGGAUUCAAAUAAAUUUUAAAACAAAAAAAUUUAAUAAAGGGGUAAAUACAUCAAAUCUACAAAAUUUUAAAAAUGAAAAAAAAAAAAAAAAAUUACCCAAAAUCGAAUUUAAUCCAAUAAAAAAAACAAAUAAUUAUGAUUUUGAUGCAAUGAUCAUAAAAAAUGGUCAUAUAAUCCCAAGAAAAAAGGAUCCCUUAAAAGAAUUGUUUCAAAAAUACAACUUAUGUGAAAGGAAAAUGCCAAGUAGGAUAUUGUAG